GGCGAACAGGGAUUUGGAGCGUGAUGUUCAAGCAGCCGCAGUUGCAGAUUGGGAGAGACUACACCCCGCUACCUCCAACGUCAUCGACGAGCUCUCCAGAGGAAGAAGACGACGGUUGUUUGCGGUUUCUGAUCCGUCGAGAUCCGCACGGUGAGGUUUCGCGGUAUCUGCAUGCUCUCGAAUUGGGGUCGACAGUUGAAGUACGCGGACCCAAGGUUGAAUUUGCCAUUCCAUCUGAGACACAGGAGAUUUUGUUUAUUGCUGGAGGCACAGGCAUCGCCCCGGCUGUACAGGCUGGCCACUCUCUUCUCACCCAUGCCAGCCGCACCAGCACCCCGCGAAUCCACAUCUUAUGGGCGAGUCGAAAACGAGAAGACUGCGCGGGUGGUGUGAAUGAUACUCAACCUACGAUACCCAAGAAGGGCAGCUGGUUAGGAGGCUGGUUUGGUCGCGCGCCGGAGACCAGCUCUCCUCCCACUACCCGUUCUCAACGAGAAGAAAACGCUUGUCCCAUGGUACGCGACUUGGAAGAUCUCAAGGCACAAUUCCCGAACCAGGUGAAGGUAGACUACUUUGUCGACGAGGAGAACUCGCUCAUCAGCAAGCAGACCAUCCUGGAUUCGGUCAAAUCAUCACCGUCUCCCUCGGGCAACUCCCCAGGUUCGAAAUUCAUCAUCGUAUCAGGACCAGACGGCUUCAUUCGCUACAUGGCAGGAGAAAAGAUCUGGGCGCAAGGGUCAGAGCUCCAGGGACCGCUCCAGGGUAUCCUCAAGGAACUCGAUCUCAAGGACUGGGCUGUCUGGAAGCUCUAGCCAGUCUUGUAUAUUUUGUAUAUUAUCUUCAAUGAACUAAAACAGAAGUCUAUCUAUUAACUACCUACCUAUACUCACUGUAUAUUAAUAUGAUUAC